UCUGAGAAACCAUGGAACAUAUGUGGAAGAUCAACUGAGUAGCUUGAUUCACAUCAUUUGACUGAGAGAUACUGUGAUUUCCCUCUCCUCAAACUUCAGCUAUUUGCCUCAUAGGACUGUUUCUUCUUCACAUGACACUUCAGAUUCUUGACAGAUACUGCUUCAAGGAUAAGGCCUCAUGGAGCCAGAAGCCUUAGAAAUAUGUCCUUAUGAUCUAAACCACAGGAUGCCAGCCAGCAGAUUACAGUACCACCUGGCAUCACGUAAAAAGAAAAAUCCAAAGCUAGCUAAAAAGAUGGCUAACUGCAAAUAUAAUGCUUGCCAUGUGGUCCUGAUCAAGCUCAAGGAACAUGAAGCUAAUUGUGUCAACAGAACUGCUGGAGCUGAUGAUAACAUGCGUCAUUCUCCUUCAUUCGUUCUAGGACAUUUGGUCCCAAAACGCUGGUGUGUGAAAGGUCAGAAAAACUGAUGGAGAAGUCAUGGGUUAAAAAGGCAGCAGGCAGAAUACUUAAGUCUUUUUAAAA